AAGGUAAUGAGUUUUCAUUAUUCUCCCUAACCAAUUCCUAUGUAUAAAUACAUUCAAGAUACAAUCACAAAGACGGGCUUCCAACCCUCCAAAAACCAGAGAGCAAGAGAGAUGGACAGUGAAGAAGUGUCCCCCUUCCAUGGAGACACACUAGAGGCCAUUCUCUCACACGUCGGAAUCCCGGACCUCCUGCGGCUCGCGCUGGUUAACGGGGCUUGGAACAAGGCUGCCAUCUCGGUCCUUGGCCAAGCCCUCGCAGACUGCAAGCCAUGGCUCCUCCUCCACCGCCACAGCCGCCGUAGGCCCUACGAAUCUACUGUCCACGCUUAUGAUCCGUAUUCACGGUCGUGGAUUCGCCUGCCUCACUCACAACCCUCACUUGACUCGUACCGGUUUCGCUCCUCUCAAUCGAAUCUUCUCUAUACUCUCUCUCCCUCUCGGAUAGCCUUCUCCAUCGAUCCUCUCAAACAACAAUGGCACCACACUGGUGGAGAGGGCAUGCAAGUGUGGCGUAUGCACCCGGUGGUCGCAACCUUUGAGAGUGAGAGCUCUACAAAGGUGGUGGUCAUCGGUGGCACAUACGACUUCGAAGACGACCCUCUCUCCGUAGAGAUUUUCGACUCGAGUAUCCAGCGCUGGGAAACCUGUGACUCCUUACCUGAAACUUUCAGGGGAAGGGCCUCUGCCUCUUGGUUAUCCGCAGCAAUAUGCCACAAAAUUCACAUUUUGGACAAGAAUUCAGGCCUAUUUUGCUCGUUCGAUCCUGAUACUAAAAAAUGGGGCACGCUUGCCGUGAUCUUCUCCGAACCCGCCGUCUUCGAGAGCAUGAUCGUCUGGGUUGGCGACAAGAUAAUUCUGGUUGGACUUUUGGGGGAGGCAACAAAUGUGUCGAGUGUGGGAAUAUGGGAAGUGAAUUGCGAGGGAAAUGAGUGUAGAUUGAUCGGAGAAUCUCCACCACAAAUUUGCCGGGAAACUUUUCCGUCGGAGGCCGGGGCCAUGGGAUUUGACUGUAUAGCAGCUAACGGUCUCAUUUAUGUGUAUAAUCCGUGCAUGUGGGGGCAAAUACUCACGUGUGAUGUUUCGGGUGCAGGCUGCAAGUGGGGAGUGAUAGAGAAAUCGGAUUUAGAAGGAGAAGGGAUGGAAUUGGAUUCAUGGGUCUUUACUUGUUCUUCAGUUGGAAUCGAAGAUUUGAUCAAGGUUUUUGAAAUAAAGCGGAGAUGAUGAUGACGAGAAAAAAUAAAGCUUAGAUGAUGAUGAGAUUUUUUAAGUGACUUUCAUAUUAAAUUUGGGUUUCAUAGAGGGAUAGGGAUUUUAUACGUUAAUUCUUGGAUUUUUGUAAGAUGGAUUGUUAGUAUGUGUUGUCAACUAUUUGUUUCCAUGGUUUUUCCCUUG